GUCGCAUUGUAUAAUUUGUUCAGAAUCAUCUUUGAGAGUCGUCAUGGCUGCGAUUUAUUCCUGUAAACCACUUAUACCCUUGUUUUGAUCUCGACCAUAAUACCUUUGCCGUACUUCCUUGAUCGCUGGAAAUUUCACCGAACUCGUGUAUCUACUACCUCCAUCCUCGGUAACCUCGACCAGGCCUACCGCACAUGACUUUGCGUCUCCCAAUUCGAGGCAUCGAUCUUUCUCGAUGACCGUUACUACCAGUGGAUUCCCUGCCGUCCCUUCCUCGACACAAACAGCAGGGUUGUAUACCAUUCUUGGUGUUGGACAACCCGAUGGGGAUUCUCAAUUGCAACGAUGGUCCUCAUUCAUAGGCAUCGUUACGGCCAUUGUCGGGAACCUGCUGAUUUCCUUCGCGCUCAACACACAAAGAUACGCACACAUCCUCAUAGAGCGCGAGUACAAUGAGGGAAGGAAGUCACAGACCAAUGGAUCCGCGUCACCAUCCGCCGGCGGGUAUGGAACGAAUACACAAGAGCAGAUAGCGGAAGCACGGAGGAGAGUGAACCUGGGGAUUCCUGAUCGCAAGGAACGCCAUGAUGAAGAAGACACUGCUUCAUCGGGAGACGGCCACACUGAUGUGAGCUUUGAGGCAGCCAUGGAAGAGGCGAGACAAAAGAACGAACCGCAAAAUGACGACCAGGAUAGGCCCUCAUAUUUGAGAUCUCCCGUCUGGUGGUUUGGCCUUGUGCUCAUGAUCGUGGGAGAAAUCGGCAAUUUUCUCGCAUAUGGGUUUGCACCGGCCUCCAUCGUCAGCCCUCUGGGAGUGGUUGCGUUGAUUUCCAACUGUCUGAUUGCACCUUUGAUGCUGAAGGAACGCUUUCGAAAACGGGAUUUCUUUGGUGUCUUGGUAGCGGUUGCAGGCGCCGUUGUCGUUGUCCUGUCAGCGCGUUCAAGUGAAGAAAAGUUUGGCCCCGGCGGUCUCUGGAAGACAGCCAAGAGGUGGGAAUUUCUUGUCUAUGUCAUUAUCACGAUCCUGUUGAUCGUGGUGUUAAUGUACUCUGAACCACGAUAUGGUCGACGAACCAUCCUUGUCGACCUUGGUCUGGUGGGACUUUUUGGAGGCUACACAGCCUUGUCUACAAAAGGCGUUUCCUCUCUUUUGUCAACUUCGCUCUGGAAGACAUUUGCAUACCCCAUUUUUUAUGUCCUGGUGGUGAUCCUUGUUUUGUCCGCCCUCAUGCAGAUCCGCUAUCUCAACCGCGCACUGCAAAACUACGAUUCAACUCAAGUCAUUCCGACACAGUUCGUCCUCUUCACACUUUCCGUGAUCAUUGGGUCGGCCGUUCUUUACCGAGACUUUGAGCAUACGACGACCCAGCAAGCUGCCAAGUUUGUCAUCGGCUGUCUGUUGACCUUUUUUGGUGUUUAUUUGAUUACAAGCAGACGCGAAGUCUACGAUGUUUCCGAGGAGCAAUUGCAGGACGACGAUGAAACAAUCCAGCUCAUCGACGAAGAAGUGGAAGUAAGCGAUGAAAGAACACCCCUGAAUCGAGACAGGAAACCUUCGCUUCCUCAAAGUGCGGAUGAUCGUCGUUCGAUACUGAAUCGAGUGGACGAAACAGACGAUGAGCCCAGCACUCCACAGCCAUCUAGGCCUGCGUCAUCUGUACCCUCCAUCGCUGUCACACCCGCCGAGUCCUCUGAAAACCUUGAUCGCAAUCCCUGGGCAACCUCAGUAGAGCAAGUCGACGCUCCACCACCUCGGAUGCCACAACAACUCCCCAGUCCAAACCCACCCUUACGCAGCGGCUCGUCCACACCCUUCUUCACUCCAUUCACCUCUAGACCUUUUCAUCGUUCAACCUCCUCACCCGCGGAUGCAGAAACAAUCAGCCGACAAAACACACCAAGACAUCCCAGUCCCGAGCGUCCCGCAGAGGACGCGUCUGCCACAGCUCGUUUGCUCUCACGCUCGACUCGCGGGAGCAUCUCCCGUCUCAUCCCCGUCCCUGGCCCAUUGCUGCCGCCACUUUCGUCUUCGCUGAGCGCCCUCGUUGCAGACUCGCUACGACGGGGCGAAGGCACGCCGUGGUCCGUCCGGGCCAGUCUCCGGCGCAGCCGCUCGAGCCGACACUCGGUAGACACACGCCGCCAGCCCGUGCCUGUCUCGGACGAGGAGAACCCGCUCGGCCUACACUUCCAGAACCGAAGCGCCGACCACGGUUUGAGUCGCGCGCAGACACAUGAGGGCGCCGUCGUCGUCGACGACGGACUGCGCGACCAGGAACCACCGGGCAGGCACCACAGGCUACGGUUGCGCUCGCUCAGCGAGACCCUGUCCGGCAUCAUGGGCCGAGGCAAGGGGAAGAGGAGGGACGACGCCGACGAGUCGCGGUUCGAUAGUGCAUCGGCCGUAUGAUUUGGACACGAAUGCCGUAAUUUUUCUUCUUUUUCCCCCGUUGCCCUCGUAUUCAAUUUUUCUCAUGUCAAUGUAUGCAUGGGGGUGACUGACACGCCUUUGGAAUUUUUUGUCUUGUUUUGCUGUUCUUCUGAUUUGGUUCCGUACGGAACUCCAUACCGGGACCCAAGGAAUUGCCCGUCACAGGGACCGAGUCGAUUUCGAAAACUUUAUACAAAGUACUCCCUUGUCCAUAUAAUCCAUUGUCUACCCACUCACUGAGCGUUGUCGUAACAUUACCGUCCUAAAUAGCUACUAGUUGGCCACCUAUAGUUAUCACUUAAUCAUCAUCAUCAUCAUCAUUGCA